AUGGCAGAGUCAGCAUCCCAUGCGCUUAAGCAAAGUAUCGACAGUGACAGUAUCACCGUUGCCAACUGGAAAGGCGAUCGUUUCGUCAAAUUUGAUCCCUUUCGCCAAUUGCUUACACAGUCUACUCUAAGGGAUAUUUUCCAGGAACGUGGUGUAGAAGUCUAUCACAUAGACGAGGCUAUUCGUGCCGUCACUUCCGGUGGACAUCGAGUCUUUGGCAUCUUGAACCGCCUGGGUCAAGAGCACGCGAUACUGGAAGUACGAAAACACACUGACAGCUACCUGGGCAAGUCCCUAGACGCGAGUCUCCCCUAUGCGACAGAAUCCGAGGUUGAAAAAAUGCUACCAGACCGAGACUUUUACCCACAAUUCUACAGAAACUUCUUUGAUGCUCAAUGGGCUUUUUCUUCACCUGUUUUUCACUACGGACUCUCACAUCGCAAGCUUCACGACAAGACUGUACUGCCCUUCACUGCUCUCAAAGAGCUUACCGAAAAUAAGGGCGCAACAGCCACGGUGUCUCGCGCAGAGAUAUGCGCAUCGCAUCACACCUUUAAGGAGUCAAGGGACAAAACAGUUUCUGUAGUUAUCAAGACAAUCAACUUCGGCAACGCUGACGACGAUGACUUCAGACAUGAACAACACAUCUUGUCACUCCUUCGCGCUUUGCGUCAUCCAAGCAUAAUUGAGUUCUUCGCAGCAUAUUCUCUUGGGAAUUGCUCGACGUUCAUAUUCGCCCCGGCAGAGAGCGACUUACACGAUUGGAUGCGGAAAGGGGUUGAAUGUGUCUGGUCCGUAUCCGAGAUACUGGACGGUCUACGCGGUCUUUGUUCAGCCCUCUGCCAUAUGCAUAACUACUUCCUGGGAUCCGAAGAUGUGCAGAAGAUUGGUUGUCAUUACGAUAUUCAUCCUCGAAACAUCCUAGUCAAGAACCAUUCGAUGAUACUAUCUGAUUUCGGACUUUCCAGGUUGAAGACGCUCGAUCAAGGCUCGAGAUCGGGAUUCGUAGGCGGUGUACUUGACUACUACGCUCCAGAAUGUCAAGACUGGGCGCGUAGUUUCAAAAAAGGUCAAAUUGGAAGACCGAGUGACAUUUGGUCGCUAGGCUGUAUCAUGGCUGAGAUUGUUACCUUCAUGGUGCAAGGCUCUGCAGGUCUUGAAGCUUUCGACAAACAGAGAACAUACGGACCAUUCAGCACUUUUCAUGCAACAGGUGCUGAGCAUGAUAAAGUAACCCAGUGGAUACGCGAUCUAGCUCAAAAGACAUCCUCGGGUCAAGUGCGGGAACUUGCGAGUUUGAUAGAAACGAUGCUUUACAUUGAUCAGCAACGCAGACCAGCAGCUUGGGACGUGCUAAGUCGAGUCACCUACCUCUUCCAUCAGACCACAUACGAUACCGUGUUGGGCCGUUUCGAGAAGCUCACGCAAAACACGGGUUACAACUUCGAAAUCGAGUUUGAAAGAUUCAAGAUAUGGUCAGAGCAUGUCGGACUUGCACAAGGCAAUCAAGAUAGCUCAUGCGCCCCCGACGUCUAUCUUCGUAGGGACCACGAUAUCUUGGAGAGUGUGACCGAUCAGUUGAAGAGCAUUCUCAGCAUUCUCAGUAAAGAAGUGGAAUCGAGCGAUCAAACUAGAGACGACACUGGGAACAGAAUACUCUACACCGAGCUUCGAAUUCCUAUUGAUAAGUUGUGGUACCUUGAGGAGUCGAGCUCACAACACAUCAUGGCACGCAAAUUAGAGAGCAUCAUCCUUGGUCGAAGCCCAGAAGCGGCACUGAAUGCAAAUGGUAUCGAUAGGUUUGCUAGGCCACAGCUGCUACUGGUCAUACAACAAGCACUCAAAACCAUCGACGAAAUCCAGCAAGUAUCGCCGAGCAGCCUGCUUGUAGAACAUACCAGAAUUACUCAAUUCGAGGAGUGCGAAGAGUAUUCGCUGGGACAAUUCACAACCACAGACGGAGAUCAACAUCCCAGCAUCACAGAGCUAUAUUACUAUGAUGAUGCAUGGAUAGAUCGCGCCCAUGAGCUCGUGACGCGUGUUCAGAACCUGGUCCUUCUGUUGGGUCGAGACGAUAUAGUCUCCAACUUCCCAGUCCUCCGUGCUCUUGCGUUCUACCAUAUCCCAGAGAGACAGGCGUAUGGCCUGAUAUUCGAGAUGCCAACGAGUAUCGAUAUCCGUGGGACCAGGCAAGCCCCCCAAACCUUGGUACAGGUCAUUAAGAGGGCAUCUCGUCGUGCGGAAAGACCAUCACUUGAUGAUGUGUAUGCUCUCGCCUACAGGAUCUCAAAUACGAUACUUUCGUUUCAUAAAGCGCGAUGGCUACACAAAAGCAUCUCGGCUUACAAAGUCAUCGUGUUUCCACAGAACGAGACAGCUACUCCAGAGUGUCUUCCUUCCGCUCGUCUCCUCGGAUUCCAGUACAGCCGUGCAACUGAUGACAGCUUCACCGUCGGACCACCAAAAGCUAAGAAGGCGGCAAGAUACAGACAUCCCCAAUAUCACGAGGGAAUCUCCAGGUUCGAAGAAAGGUUUGACUACUAUAGUUUAGGAAUCGUGUUGCUAGAACUAGGAAGAUGGAAAACCCUAGAUAGCAUGCUCAAGAACAUGUCAAACAUGGACAAGAACACGUCACCACUGGAGAUCAAGCAGUAUCUUUUGCAAGAAGUGGUACCCGAUCUCAGGUCCCAUAUGGGUGUGGGCUACCAUCACGCAGUUCGGGUCUGUUUGGAAGGGUUCGAUACGCAACGAGGACUCUUUGAUCGGCUGGAAGUGUGGAAAACCUUUGAGAAGGAAGUGCUGAGCCACCUUGCAACAGGCUUGGUAAUACCGAUGUAG